CGAGUGAGUGGGAGGAGCGGGUGUCGAGACCCAAAUCGAGGGUCCAGCAAAUGUGAAUCAACAUGCAUGUCACCUCUGAUGGCGGUGGCAGCGGGAUCAGGCAAGACAAGUAUGUUUCCUGUUCCUGGAUACUCGAUGGAGCAAAAUGCCAGGUGCUCUGUAUUAAAUCGAUGUUCAGCUUACUGACCAUGAUGAACAAGAAAGCAAAGCGGAGAGCCGAAGCAUAAACAUUCUUGGCGAUAUAGGUAACCCUCAUUAUUCCCUUCAUCCCUGCUCAACUCAGCUCAGCCCCUGGAAACUAUCCGCACCUCCGCAUUUCAUCCAUGAUCGCUCCCAGUUCUUGGCCAUGGAGAUCUCACACGAUCAACAGGACCAAGGCUCGUGCGAGAUAUUCGGUCUUGGCGUUGGUGCAACAGCAGACGAAGGACCAACAAAUAUGAAGUGUGUCUCUCACCACAGUCUUUCCCUCAGUGCAGUUCCCGCAUUUCUCCUGCACACUGUUGGCUGUAUCCGUCCUUGUCCAAAUGAUUAUGGCUGACAAACGGGCUUGCAAACGACUAGCCAACAGCCGGGCCCUGGUCGUUUCUAGGCCAGGGACCAACACGCCUGUUCCUGGACAUGAUUCAGGGUUGCCCAGCUAAGUUACUAGGGCACUUGUCAAGAUCAGAGCCGC